ACGUUAAGGCGCAAAUACAUCCGCGGAUAUGAUAUGUAAACAAGAGAACCCUCGAAACGCAAGCCAGUGUGCAAGGGUGUUAAUCUUCGAAGCAAAGAUUCAAAAUCCAUGUCUUCCGAAACUCUCACGCUCAUAUCGGCCACCCCGUCGCCUUUCGCGCGAAUGAAUCGAGUUGCGCUCGAACUCAAAGGGAUUCCUUUUACCCUUCAGAAUGAAAUUCCAUGGCAAUCAGAAACCCAAACACCAAAAUACAACCCACUGGAAAAGUUGCCUAUCCUUCUAUUCCCAGAUGGCCGGCCACCGGUAUAUGACAGUGCCCACAUUCAAGAAUACAUCAUACAGAAGUAUUCAGACAGGAAACCACUACUCUUGACCGGUGAUAUUGAUCUCGACCUUCACGCAAGGCAGAUUCAAGUCUUAUCGGAGGGCAUAUUAGAUGCUGCAGUACUUCAGUUCUGGGAGACUCAGCGUGGAGAACAUAAGAGUAAUGAAUGGAUGGCCCGACAGAAUCGCAAGAUCGAUGGCGGUAUGAAAGCACUGGAACAGUUGACGCGGGAAAGAGGAUAUCAGGGCAAGGAGUACUUGGUUGGCGACGAGUUGACAAUCGCAGAUAUUGCUGCGGUAUGUGCAAUCGGCCACAUCGACUUUGUGAAGAUAAGAGAGGGGUGGCAGGAGCAAGAGACAAGCCUUGCCCGAUGGUGGACCAAUCUAGAGAGCCGAGAGUAUUUCCGCCAUACUAGGCCGGUCAUGUUUGAAUUUCGCGAGCUCGUUGUUUGAGUGUGUAUGUAUUUGACUUAAUGUCCUUCAUGACCCAUGUAUUCAUCGAAUAAUGUAGUCGGGAUAUUCCGAUCGCCAAGAUGGUUUCUUUGAACUAAAAAUAAUCGAUUACACUUCAACAGAUCUCUCGUUUUAGUAAAGUGAGUGGCCCUGUCUGCAGUGGUGAUCUGGUGCAAGUACGAGUAGCAAGCAACAGAAGUAAGACAUGCACGCUAAGCUCUUCGACUCGUUUGGCCUUAGUCGGUGAUCUGGGAACACCCGGCCGUAGCCAUCAUCCACCAGCAGUGCCCCA